AACGCGUCUUUGUAAAUCCUUCUUCGGAUUCAGCGUGGAGGUGCCGCCGUUCAUAACUGGAAUUGUACGCAUGAUGCUCAAGUAAAACACGCCCCAUCCAAAGACCGGACUUCGAGGGCACACCGCGCGAGAUGAUAUCGUCGUAAACACUUUCGGUAUGAAAAUUAUGUUUACCGUUCAGUCAUCAGAAACACUCUAAAUAAGCCGCUCAGAAAACGGUGUAAUGGAAGGCCUAAACUCUACAGUCAAUACGUCAUCGAUAUUGCUGUCACAGCUUGAUUCUUUAGUAAAAGAAUUGAAAAAAGAUUUGAGUGACGAACGCUCUUCUUCACUACUUGACGACAUUAUUCAACUAACGGAGAAUUUAUCAGCAGUAGAAAUGGGCAAUGACAAAGAUGCCGAGUUGACAAGCAGAAUUCGCGCGUCUGGCAUCGCUCUGUGGAAUAGAGCCGUCUCUCUCAAAACGCAAGAUUCCACCAAUGCACAACUAGUAGCAAGAAUGCGGCACGUUGCUUGCAAUCUGACUUUUACUGCCAGUAGAGAGGAAGAAAGCAAGGCUGUGAUAAAAAAGAAAUUAGCGAUGGCAAUGAAGACGGGUAGAGCGUGGUUGGAUGUUCACAAUCCUACGAUGGCUGAUUCGGCUCUCGAGUUGGCAGAAGAGUGUCUUGAGAAAUUAGAGAAAGAGAUACCAAGUUCCAGCGACCAAAGUACAACCAAACAAGAUACCAGUACGGAAGACCAAAGAAAUUCCUUCAGGGUCAAGUGUUUCAGAGCAGAAGCGGCACUUGCUCUAUCAGAUGAAGAGAAAGCAUGGAUUUACUUCCAGAAAGCAAAAGAAAGGCUACAUCAAUUGCCACAAGAGGUUGCAAUCAGUACUUAG